AUUAGUCCAAAUUCUUAUUUCGGUCUUCGGCCAUCGGAGCUGGUUGCUCAGUGCGGAAGCUAUCCGCUGCUAAGUGGCAAGCACUGGAUAUUACUAUUGAGAAUCACAAUUUCAAUCACAUGCAUCUGACACUGCCAAUUCGGAGCCUAACCGAUAUCGUACGGCUUUGAUUCGGGACAUUUUUGGACCCGACCGUAGAUCGGCUGUUGCCUCGCUAACUUCAAACAGCUUAAAACUCUGCGCCUCCUUCUCGUUUUGUUUUCUUAUCAUAGGCUGUUAUAUCAUGCAGAUUGUCUUCUUAUGGGUGUUGCCAGAGUUAAUCAAAGAGGAUGAGAUAGAGCUUUUGAUACCUAUUCUGCUAUCGGUGUUCGUCUUCCAGUUCUUGCCGAAGGUGUACCAUAGUAUUUGUUUGAUGAGAGGAAUGCAGAAGGUCACUGGCUACAUCUUUGGAACGAUUUGGUGGGGAUUUGGCCUCAACCUCAUUGCCUAUUUCAUUGCCUCACACGUAGUUGGUGGCUGCUGGUACGUUCUUGCAAUUCAACGAUUUGCCUCAUGCCUAAAGCUGCAAUGCCAGAAGAAUAAUAGUUGCAAUCUCAUGUCCCUGACCUGCUCCACUGCAGGCCUUUCACCAAUUUUCCCAAGCUCCCCUGGUUAUAAUUUAUCAGCAUCUACAGGUGGCUGGAAUCUCCAAGCUUGCUUGGAUGGCGAUGGUUCCUUUCCAUAUGGUAUAUACGACUCGGCUCCUGCUGUCGUUUCUAGCAACUCACUUGCUGUUAAGAUCCUUUACCCUAUAUUCUGGGGCCUAAUGACUCUCAGCACGUUUGGCAAUAAUCUGGAGCCAACGAGCCAGUGGUUGGAAGUGAUAUUCAGCAUAGUUACUGUGCUGAGUGGUCUCAUGCUCUUCACUUUACUGAUAGGAAAUAUUCAGGUGUUUUUACAUGUUGUCAUGGCAAGGAAGAGAAAGAUGCAACUAAGGUGUCGAGACAUGGAAUGGUGGAUGCGGAGGAGGCAGCUUCCAUCACGACUAAGGCAAAGAGUACGCCAGUAUGAGCGUCAGAGAUGGGCAGCAAUGAGAGGGGAAGAUGAAAUGGAUAUCAUCCAAGACCUUCCAGAAGGGCUUAGAAGGGAUAUCAAACGACAUUUAUGUUUGGAACUCAUUAAGAAGGUUCCUCUAUUCCACAACCUGGAUGAUUUAAUCCUCGACAACAUCUGCGACAGAGUCAAGCACUUGGUAUUUUCCAAGCAUGAAAAGGUAAUUAGAGAAGGAGACCCUGUCCAGAGAAUGAUAUUUAUUGUUCAUGGUCGCUUACAAAGCAUCCAAUGCCUUAGCAAAGGCAUGUUUGCAACUUGCAUGUUAGGCCCUGGAAAUUUCCUUGGUGAUGAACUCCUUUCAUGGUGCAUCCGCCGCCCAUUUGUCGAUCGUCUUCCCCCUUCCUCUGCCACAUUUGAAUGUGCUGAGCCAACCGAGGCUUUCAGUCUUGAAGCUUACCACCUUAAGUACAUAACCGAGCAUUUUCGUUACAGAUUUGCAAAUGAGAGACUUAAUAGAACAGCAAGAUACUACUCAUCCAAUUGGCGAACAUGGGCAGCUGUGAACAUUCAGCUUGCAUGGAGACGCUACAAGAAAAGAAAAAUGGGUAAUAUGGACAUUCCAAAUAGAACCGAAGAUCAUGAUCGCCGACUAAGGCUUUAUGCUGCAAUGUUCAUGUCCAUCCGGCCUCAUGAUCACCUGGAGUAGAGGAGAGAUUGGAUGGAAAGAAUAAACUCCUCAUUCCUUGGAUUUGGCUGGCCUUCUAUUGACUCAAUAGAAGUUCAAAAUUUAGGCUUUGUUUGGGACUGUUUUCUUACCGCUUCUUAAAUCAUCUUUAUAGUACAAAAAUUAAAAAUUUUGUACUAAAAAGCUACUUUAAGAAGCGGUAAGAAAGCCGUCCCAAACAAAAUCUUAAUUGGACGGAUUUUUUACAGAUGAGAUCAAUGAACUAUGAUUCUGCUAUAUUCAUAAGCGAUGAAUAAGAACAUUAGCAGCACUGUCCCUACAAAAUAUGAUAAUUGGAUGUAGAAUAACUGAGUCAUCCUUCCCAAAUGAUCAGAAAGAAUAAGGCUGAGCAGCUUUGCAUAGCGGUUGAGAGGAUGGGGACCUCAAACUUCAGCUGGCAUUUUUAUUUUUAGUUUAUUUACUCAUUCUGAUUUGGUUGGAUGGAGAUCAGUGCAUUAAAGUUCAUGAGAUCGGUCAAGGAAGACAUUGAUGAAUAAAUCUUUUUCUGAUUGUCCAAAUUGAACCCAACAAAAUAGACCCGAAAUAUGAUUGAGAGUUGGCAAUGUUGACUGCUGAGAUUUGAGUCUGUAAUCUGCUAUGAAUUUUCUCUACACUGUUCUGACAUACAGCUUCUCCAGGCUCCUUUUUGUGCUCAUCAUGUGAAAUAUUAAUUUGUUUAUAUUGAAUUUUGUUAUUUUUGUGGA